UUGCCUUACUUGUAUCAUGGCUUCUGCUUCAAAAUUUAGCAUCAAAAACCAAACUAAAUCGAUUAGUUUACCUUGCAGAUCGCAUCCGACCACAUGUGAAAUUGAACAGCUACUUAACAAGAUCAAAACAACAAUAUCUAGCCCAUCUGCAGAAGUCAUUUGCAGUGGUUUAUCACAGGUAGUAGAAUUGUACAAAUGUACGGAUGAUCUUCUAAAUUCAUCAACUACCAAAGUUUUAAUGUCUAAUGAACGAAACAAGAAAUGGGUUGAUGAGUUAGUAGAUGAGUCUAUGAAUUUGUUGGAUAUUUGUGGGGGGAUUAGAGAAAUGGUGUCAGAAAUCAAAGAUCAUAUUAGAGAUAUUCAUUGUGUUCUACGUAGGAGAAAAGGAGUGACAGUCAUUGAAGACAAUAUCGUAAAGUAUAAUUGCUUUAGGAAGAAAAUGAAAAAAGAUGUAAAAAUGAUGGUAACAAGUUUGAAGCAAGUUGAUAACAUGAUCAUGGACUACGGUGGUUCGGUGGUGGUUGAUUCAGAUAACCACCACCUUGUAGCCUUGAUUAAGGCGGUAAUAGGAGUUAGUGAAACGACAACUUUUGUUUUUGAGUCUUUGUUAUUGUUCUUUUGUGCCCCGGUUCUAAAGCCAAAUAGAUGGUCCCUUGUGUUGUCAAAGUUGAUACACAAAGGGAUGGUGGCAUGUGAAGAUAAACAAGAGCAAGGUGUUGUUGUGAACGAAUUUGAAAGAAUUGAAUCCACAUUGCGCAUAUAUGGAUCGAUAAAUGAAGUAGACGAUGUGCAGAUUGCACAGUGUAGAUUAGAGAGAUUGGGAGCUCAGAUUGAAAAUAUGGAGAUCGGGUUAAAUGAAAUAUAUCGGUGCUUGGUUAGAACAAGAGUUUCUUUUCUUAAUAUUAUCUCCCUGUAA